AACCAACCUCUAAUGAGGAAGAGAUCGAAACAGAAAAUAAUACUAACCCUGAAUCUCAUGGUAAUAGUAACGACGAACAUGAACCCCCUCCUCUCCUUCUGACUCUCUUGCUAGUGUUCGUACCCAAGCCUGUCAGAGAGCAAAUUGCGGGGGCUGAUAGCGAAAAUGAUAUUUUUAAUAUAAGAGACCGAGUAAUGGCUGACCUUGAAGCUAAAAAAAAGGCGAAAAAAGAAGCAGAAAACCUUGCUAAUAACCUAGAAACCAAAGGAAAAGAUGCCGAACAAUUAAAAAAACAAUUGGAAGAAGAUAACCAAGCGGGAGUAGACAAUUUAAAAAAUGAACUAGCCCAAAAGGUCAGUGAAGAAGAAUACUGCCAAAUCAUAGUUAAUACCAUUGAAAAAAAUAUGACUAAAUACGAUAUCAAGGAGCAGGAAUUGGAACCCGAAAUAAAAGUAGAGUUAGAAAAAUUAAAAAGUAGAGAAAUUAAGGAUAAUAACCAAAUCAAUGAAAUAGAAAAAAAGUUAAAAGCAAGAAAAGUUCUUGGAGUUAGCAUUAAUCCGCAUUGUCAAACUCCGUUUACAAGAUUGUUGCGGAGUAGUAAACGAGGAGAUAUUAGAACAGGCAAGCAAAGUGGACAAAAAACAGUUCAAAAACUUCAACCAAAAGUAUAA